GCGAUUGGUGAUUCGUGUCGGUUUAGCAUUGGUUGGUGUCGGUGGUUGGUCCCUGUGCAUCCCUGUGCCCUGUGCCACGUGCAUUAAACAAUAAUUAAACGUUUUCAAUCUGUCGCGGCACUCGGCAGAUGGAAGUUUAUAUUGGUCCGAUGUGUAGAGGAGGUCAAGAAAUACCUAAUCGUUCAUUCGGCUAGAUUAUUUUAAUUUGUUUUUACAGUAAAACAUUAUGAUAUUCAGCGAAAGGUGACGCGACGACAAACUACAGAGAACGCGGCAAGUCAGAAAUUUAUUUGAUCGUUAAAUUGUUUCGUCAUGAAAAUGAAAUCAAAUUCAAAAAAUAUUAAGGACAGACUGAAAGAUGAAACGCUGGAUCUCAGUUUGUGCGACCUGAAAGAAGUGCCUGUUCGAGAAAUCGCAGCUGUUAAGAAGGCGACACAUUUAGAUUUAUCGAAUAAUCUGUUAGUUUCUUUGCCUAAUACUUUUGUCAGUCUUAAGCAAAUAGUUAAGUUAGAUCUUAGUAAAAACAUGUUGACAGAAAUUCCGGAAAAUUUUGGAGAAUUGAGGCAGUUGAGGCAUUUGGAUCUUUACGCGAAUCAGAUAAGCAGGCUACCGCUAAGUUUAAGCGAGUUAAAGAACUUGAGAUGGUUAGAUUUAAAGGAGAAUCCUUUAACUCCCGCAGUAUCCAGCGUCGCGGGUCCAUGCAGCAACCUAAGCGAAUGUCAAGCUUGCGCUCGUAACAUCGUUACUUAUUUGUCCCGUGUAAAGGUUACCAUCGAAGAAGAAAGAUUACGAAGAUCGAAUGCCGUUACGAAUGCAGAAACCGAUUUGAACGCCGUAGCAAAAAAGGGUGGUAAAAAGAAAAAGAAGAAAUCGGUCGAAAAGGAUAAUAAACAGGACAUGGAUAAGAAUGGAUGUUGCUUAGUAAGCGAGGAACUAAAAGUCGGUGGAAAGCAAGUAGAAGUUGAGACGUUGGGAAAAAAAGAUAAAUACGUUAAUAAGAAAUACGCGUCGAAAGGCAAUGGGUGUCAGUCACUUUUGUCCACGUUUGUAUGGCUCCUACUUAUCGGCUUAAUAUUUACGUUAUCGAUCGUAAUUCUUCCAAUGUAUUCGGAACAGUCGGAGUUGUUUGUAAAGUACAUAGAAAAGAGCACGGGUGUACCUUUGAAAGCAUUUCAGAAGCAGAGUAUCGAUACUCUUCGAUCCUCUGUACGGAUCGGAACCACGUGGACCAGACAGAUUUACGAUAAUUUUUACGACGUCUACGAAAAGAAUUUUCGAAGGAAUAGAAAUGUCCCAGACAGCGACUAAUUGUCCAAGUAUGUAACAGCAAAGUUACGAUGGAAUUUUACGCAACCGUUUCGUACCAUGUAACUCUCGCUCGCAAAUAAACGUUGUCCGCGUUAAAAGUUCAAUACGAAUAUUCCAAGUGUAAUAAUAAACAGAAUGUUGUUUAUUAUCGAUUCACUGACAUAGCGUGUUAUCGCGUAAUUUGAGGCGCGUAAUUUAUUUUGCAAAGUAAAAAAUUGUUACAAACGUGA